AUGAACGGGCUCGAUACGGCCGCGGGCAUUGCAGGCCUGUUGACCCUGUCCUUCGCCUGCCUGCAAGGCUGUAUCAAAGGAUUCACCCUGCUGCGUCGGGCGCGGAGCCACGACCGUGACGUGGCGGUCGUGAGCCUGAUGAUCGAGCUGGAGCUGCACAAGUUACUAACCUGGGCCGAAGAGGUCGGUCUGUUUGAGACUCCGCGCGACCUGCGCGUGAACGCCCGCGACGCCCCGUACGUCCCCAAGAUCUUGGAGCAGUUGCAGAGUCUGCUGCUGGACGUGGACGGGCUGCGGAGACGAUACAACCUGGAUCUCCGCGAAGAAUCAGAGAUCCUCAGCCUCGACGAGGGCGGUUCGGUCGGGGCCCGGCUCCCUUCGCCACAACGAAAGAGCCUGGCCGCGUUGUUUCGACACAAGACAAAGUGGCGGAAGUGGACGUGGAUCGCCUUUGACGAGAAGAACGUGCGCCGGUUGAUGGAGGAUGUCACGUUCCUCGUCGGCCAGUUGCAGCAGUACCUGGACCACGAACGGCAGGUCAAGAUGGAACAGGCCUUUGACGUGUUCCUGCGGACGACCGUGGUCAAGACCGCCAACGAGCGGGAGCUGGGUGUCAUCGGGCACGAUCGCAACCACUCCUUCUCCAAGGGGGCUGUUUCCGCAGCCGCGCGCUUGAAACGACAGGGUCUCCUGCUGGGGGUCACGGAGACAGGUGUGGACGGUCACUCGGUCCCCCAACGGCCAGAGUCGUGGAGGACCGCCGGCAACAGAGACUCGCUCUCUUCUCCCUCCAGCCUCUCGGCCGCGUCGUCGUCGAAGUCGAUGAGGCUGAACUCAAAGGAGCUGGUCGUCCCGUCGUUGCAGGUGGAGGGCACUCGGUACUUUGCGUGGUAUGCGCGUGAGCCGGUGCUCCUCGAGUGGAAAAGCGGCGGCGGAGGCAUCAAGCUGCCGCUCCUCGAAAACCGCGUCGACCGGGUUUCUGCCUUUUUGCACGAACUGGACUCGUCCUUCCACAGUUUGCCGUGCCGGGGCUACAUCAAGGACUGGGCUUCGAAGAACCGAUAUGCCUACGUCUUCGAUCUGCCCUUCAGCGUCUACCCCCCGGCGGUGCAGAAGAGCCCGGUGAAGAGACACAUGGACCUGCCACCGUUGCCGAGCAUGCACACGCUGCGAGACAUGCUCGAACGGCCCAUGGAGACCCCGUCACUCAACCAGCGACUCUCGUACGCCAUCACGCUCUUGGAGACCCUGCUGCAGAUUCACACGGCCGACUGGCUGCACAAGGAAUUCCGAUCCAACAACAUCCUCUUCAUCCGAGGUCCUGAGUUGGACGACGCGUCCGAGGAAGAGAUCCUGCCCUCUCCGAUAUACGUGGCCGGCUAUGUCUAUGCAAGAGAAGACAGCCCCAACGAACUGACCGAGCCGACAGAAUCAGACUUGGAAAACGACCUUUAUCGCCAUCCCCUGUCGAUGGGGAGCUCCCGGGUCUCAUAUCGCAAGAGCUUCGACAUCUUCAGCGUGGGCUGUGUUCUGCUUGAGAUCGGACUGUGGACCAGCCUGCCAGACAUUCUGCGGAAUGGGUCGAGGGACGUGCCGCGUGCAGUCGGCCUCUUGAGUGCCGCCUCUAAGAGGAGUCCCAAUCUGUCAUACUCAUCCUCGUCCACCACGCUCACACCGACGCCGAGAUCAUCCUCCACCUCGAUCAGCAGACAGAGUCGGGGCAGUUUGAGAGAGCGGCAGAGCCUGAGCCUCCCCUCGGUCGACCAAGAAAUGGGCGGCGACGACCUUCUGGAACUGCGACAUCAGCUGCUUCUCUCAGGUCUGAACGAGGACCACCGUCGUGGCGGCGUGGCCACCACGGCGAGGCAUACUCCCUCCAACCACGACAUUCUGAAGGCGCUGAAGGGGGCCGCCGGCAUUGUCUAUGCCGGGAUCGUGGAGAGCUUCCUGAGGGUGGUGGAAAACAUGAAGGCGAUGGACAGCGACGCCGACCUGGCCGGACGCAUGGAUGAGCACGAACACGAACACGCCCUCAAGUUGGAGAUGGCAUCGCUCGAUUCUCUCAGGGCGAUGGCCGAAGUCAUCUGA